AGCGACCAUCGCGAAUAGCGACGAUAAGUAGAUCGAACCGUCCCGGGAAGCCCGCACUAGCAGAGCGUCGACGUCGCUCCCCAGCCCAAUCCCAUUUCUAGAGCCUAUACGAUCUCGCCCUCGUCGCACGCGCCAUUCUCUUCCAAUCCUAGCAGCCAUGCCCUUCGGAAUCAAUCCUUUCCGGAAACACGACCACGACUUCCCCGACGUCGUGGUCCCCCUCUCGGAAGCCCCUGCGCAUUUCAAACCGAACCCGGAAUUAGAGAAAGCCGGCCGCCCCGAUGACAAAACUGAUGAUAGAAGCUUGGACAGGGCUCCCUCCUCGGAAGCCGGUGUCGGGCCUGUCCCAAACUACAGCACCCUGACGAUCGAGGCCCUGCGCGCCGAAGUCGAAUCGGAUGUUGCGGCAUCCGGCAAGGAUACUGCGUAUGACCGCAAGGCCAAAGUCAUUAACCGAGCCGUUCAGGACAUUGGUAUGGGCCGCUACCAGUGGGAGCUUUUUGCUCUCUGUGGGUUCGGCUGGCUGGCAGACAACCUCUGGUUGCAGGGUGUUGCAUUGACCCUGAGCCCUAUUGCCCAGGAAUUUGGUGUCUCUACCACUUGGGUCCGCUUCACGACAUGUUCCUUGUUUUUGGGUCUGUGCAUUGGCGCAUCCUUUUGGGGUAUCGCAUCGGAUAUCAUCGGCCGUCGCCCGGCUUUUAACCUGACGUUGUUUAUCUGCGGUGUGUUUGGUAUCGCCGCGGGCGGUGCUCCCACCUGGAUUGGAGCCUGUGCCCUGUACGCUUGUAUGGGUCUUGGGGUGGGAGGUAAUCUGCCGGUCGACGGAGCUCUGUUCCUGGAGUUCUUGCCGUUUGCCUCGGGAAACCUCCUGACGAUGCUGAGUGUCUGGUGGCCGGUGGGUCAACUGAUUGCUAGUCUCCUCGCAUGGGCGUUCAUCCCCAACUACAGCUGCAGUAGUGAGCUGCCUUCGUGCGGCUCCGUUGCCAGCGGCGUGGCUUGCUGCACCAAGGCAAGCAACAUGGGCUGGCGAUACCUCGAUUAUACCCUGGGGGCCUUGACGUUUGCCAUGUUCAUCUGCCGAUUCUUCCUCUUUCAUCUGUAUGAGUCCCCUAAGUACUUGCUCGCACGGGGUCGCCAGGCUGAGGCCGUGGCUUCGGUUCACGGCAUCGCCUACAAGAACAAGGCCAAGACCUGGCUCACCGAGGAGAUUCUUAACGAAAUCGGUGGUUACCCGGAGGAGGAGACGGAGCAAACCCUCAGUUUCGGUGAGAUUGUCCAGAGGAACCUGUCCAAGUUCUCGCUGGAGCGUAUCGGGCCCCUCUUUUCCAACAAGAAAUUGGGGUUCUCUACUGUGAUCCUCUGGUUCUGCUGGGCCACCAUUGGCAUGGGCUACCCCCUGUUCAAUGCCUUUCUUCCCCAGUAUCUGGAGAACGCGGGCGGCUCCAGCUCCAGCUCGACCUACGUGGCCUACCGGAACUACGCCAUUACUUCGAUUGUCGGCGUCCCGGGCUCCAUCCUGGCCUGCUACACGGUCGAGAUCAAGUACAUCGGUCGUAAAGGCACCAUGGUCUUCUCCACCUUGAUCACCGGGGUGCUCCUCUUCUGCUUCACCGUCUCCACCAACUCCAACGUCCAACUGGUCUGCUCCUGCCUCGAGGCAUUCUUCCAAAACAUCAUGUAUGGUGUGCUCUACGCCUAUACUCCGGAGGUCUUCCCCGCCCCAAACCGCGGCACGGCCACCGGGAUCGCCAGCUGCCUGAACCGCAUUGCGGGUCUCUGCGCGCCGCUCGUCGCCAUCUACGGCGGCAGUUCCAACCCCGACGCGCCCAUCUACGCAUCGGGUGGACUGAUCCUGGCCGCGUUCGUGGCCAUGUGUCUGCUCCCCAUCGAAACCCGGGGCAAGCAGACUCUGUAAAUGCUGCACCGUCUCACAUACAUUGUUGAUGAUUUCAUCCUUAUGCCGGUUAUGAUUAUGUGCUCAAGUCUGAGCGAGCGUGACGAUGCAUGAUACCAAUGUUGAGUGCCUAAGGCAUGUCUGUAGUAUUCUUCGUGUUGUUCAUAUUCUGAUGCCGUGGAUGGAUAUACGUGCUGAUAGGAUAGAAGCACAGGAAGCACCAAAAACAGCUAUUCAAAUUCCUUUUACCCAUCUCAGAAAGUACUGCCUGGUAGUGUAAUAUAAAA